CACACUGGCUUCCCGUAGUUGUCAGACUAAGCGCGGGUCCUGGUGGGAAAUUCGUAUCUCCAUAGAGAAGCUGUGUGUGUGUAUGUUUGUGUGUGUAUGUGAGCGGCGCUGUCUACCCUCAAAGCAUGGCUCUUAACUUCCAGUCGUCCACUCUGUCUCUCACUUUGCCGAUCUCGUGUCAGAUCUGUCUCGGAAAGGUCAAACAGCCCGUCAUCUGUGCAAACAACCACGUGUUCUGCUCAUCCUGCAUGGAGAUGUGGCUGAAGAAAGCCAGCCAGUGUCCAACCUGCAGGGUCCCCAUCACAGCAGAGAGUCCCUGCAGAGAAAUCAUAGGAGGCUCAAAUGAGAGCGAUCACAGUGACAGCCCUCGCAUGAGGAAGUGCCUCCGAAAAACCCGAGGAGAGCUGCUGUUACGGGAGUAUGAGGAUGAAAUUGACGGGCUGAUCAGAGACAACGAGGAGCUGAAAACAAAGAAUCAAAGUCUGGAGUCUCAGCUGAAGACUGCCCUGGAUCCCUGCAGCAUCAACGCGGUGCAAACUGAUGACAAGAAAGUCGACCCCUACGUCCUGGAGGAGUGGACCAACAAGCUGAGAGCUGCAACAGAUGUUUGUGAUGAAAUCAAGCAAGACAUGGACAAACUCAAAGAGGCAAAUAAGACGUUACGUUCUCAGAAUGUCGACCUGGUGCAAGAGAACAUGAGACUGAAAGCAGAGGUGGUCAGCAGAUCUCCUCAGAAGUUUGGUCGUUACACGGUGGCCGCGCUGGAAGCUAAAAUCCAGCAGUACGAGCGUGAAGUGGACCACCUGAAAAAGGCUCUGGAGCGCAGUGACCAGUACAUCGAGGACCUGGAAUCUCGCAAGUCAGAAAAGAAACCCCUCGAUGUGCAGGAAGCAUGUGUGAGUGGUAAGGUCGGGUCUGAGACGUUGACACAGCAGCAGAAAAUCAACAUGAUGCUGAGAAGCCUGAGCGACAACGAGAGGCAGCUCAUCAGCAGCAAUCCAGAGGUGGAGUGUCGGACGUUUUCCAGGAGUCUGGUUUUCAGACCGUCCGUAGAUCUCAAAGAGUUCAACAAGAGUCUGACUGACAAGCUGAAGAAGGAGGACAUGGAGAGCGCCUCCUCUGACUUUCUUCCCACCACUCCGUCCUCUGCGUUCAGGUCCUUGACGCUCAAAAGCCCCGGCAUCCGGGAAAAGAGGGUGGCAUUCAAACCCGCGUCCUAUCUUAGGAAGUUAGAUUUUGAAGAGUUCCCUGGUACGGGCAAGAGCAGCAGCGCCAUGGAGAGCCAGUUCAGCAGCAUCGACAAGUUCCCCAAAGUCCUGCCUGCAAAUGCUGACACCCCACCCUCAAGCUGUGCCUUCUGGAGCGGCUGGCAGAGACCCAAACCUGAUGAGGAGUCAUGUGCAGGUCCGAGUAAAAGCAGCUCUGCAAAGGGAGCCACAUCCUCAGAUCUCGUAGAUGACGAGGAGUCGGAUGCCUUCCAGACCACCAGCGAGGCCUCCAUGGAUGCAGCGUACCUGGACAAAAUCUCUGAGCUGGACUCAAUGAUGCUGGACGGGGAGAGCUCCAGCAGUCGAGGCUCACAGCUCUCUCUGGCCUCGUCUCCUCGUGCAGACUUAGACAACACUCUCGUCCCUGAACCUCAACCCCAGCCUGAGAGGAAAGCCACGACCCAGAGCGACCCUGAGAAGAUCUCAGCUACAGGAUCCAUGGAGGGCACCCUAAACGACAAAGAGGCUCCAAAGGGCUUCGCAGAGGCGCCGGGCGGUUGCGGUGACGGUGACGGUGCAGAGCCAUCACAGACAGAUGAACUGUCUUUUGAUUUGCUGUUUGACUCACUGGAGGAGAAUAAGGAUGCUGGUCCUUCUGGUUCCAUCAAUCCAGCAAACCAAGACCAGGAUCAGGCUCACUCCGCCUCCGCCUCCUCCUCUUCCUCCAGCUGCAGCAGUAAACCUGUAAACACAACAAGAGACAGACACACGCUGAUGCUCAGCCAGCCCACAAAGAGGAAGUCUCACAGUCCCUUUAACACCAGCAGUCCCACCAAACAGUCCAAGCUCAUGUGAAGAUUAGAGAAACGAAGACUCCGUGUUGCUUCAGUAAAAAAAGAGAAAGUGAAUGUGACGCUUGAUGUAAGUUAUUGUCCGUUAAUGUCAGUUUCGUACAAGUUAAGACGCGUUUGUGGAAGAUGUUUGUGUAGUCUACGAGUAGGUCUCAGUGGCAGUUAAAUGCUUUUAAUGUGAGUCUGUAGAAACUGAAAAAUCUGUCUGUCAUUACUGAAGAAAUGUCUCUGCUGUUUGUUGUAACGAAGGAGGGAUCACAUCUAAACUGUGACGCUUCUGAAACAGGCUACUCGGAUGUUUGUCAUCCUAAGAAGACUUCAUCCUCAUGAUAUUCUUUUAAUGCUCUGACUGCUGACGAUGGAUGAACCAGACUGUCAUGGAAACUGUUUGAAUUAGAUAUUUCAAUGUAGGGCUCUCUGAGGAAAUAAAAUAUCAAAAUAAUGACAAAUAAUU